ACCCCUUCAUUCUAGCCCAACUUUGUCAAACAAAUAUAUAUAGUCGAAUUAAAGUAAUCAAAGGAUGAAAGAAAUCGUGUUGAGCAUCAUUGUAGCCUUCUCACUCACCACCCAACUUGUCAUCGCAGUGCCCCCCAACUAUGGAUAUGGAGUUGGAUAUGGAGGCGUCCCUGGAGCCACACAUCUUGUGGGUCGUGAUGGAUUGUGUUUAGAGAUGGUGCUUCUAAGGUCUUACAAACCUGCAGGUAUUAAUUUUCCAACUCGAUUAUUACCAUGUGACGAGAAGAAACAAACUCAAUUAUGGACGGUUGUCGGAGAUGGCACAAUUCGACCCAUGAAUGACAGAUUUUGCUUGGCUGCUGACGUUUUUUAUGGGGUCAUAAAUAAAGCAGUAGUAAGUGAGUGUGGUAAAGUGUCAGAUUCUAACAAGCAAUGGAUCCACAAGAAUGAUGGAACUAUAGCCCUCGCCGAGUCAAGAAUGGUUCUAACAGGAGAUUCAGACUAUGUGACAUUGCAAAGUAUCAAAUAUACACCAUCACAAAGCUGGGAAGUCACAGAAAGUUUAAACCCAAUGGUUGCAAACAUCGAAUGGCUUAACAACUUGUGUUUGCAAUCUACAGACGAUUCAAGUAAUGUGGGACUGAAUGGAUGUAAUACAUACACUAAGUACCAAAGAUGGGCAUUGUAUGCAGAUGGAACCAUUCGACAACAUGUGAAUAGAAACUAUUGCUUGACUUCUGAACAAAAUUACGAUCGCUCUGUGGUUGUGUCUAAAUGUGAAGACAAACCACAACAACGUUGGAGUCUUAAUGCUAAAGACAGUACUAUUGACCAUCCCAACACUAACAUGGUCUUGGAUGUGCUUAAUGUACUUGACUCCGCUUCUCCAUUAGUAAUCGUUACGAACCACCCUGACGGAAGUGCUAGCCAACGAUGGACUAUGAACUAAUGGAUCAUAUAAAUAAGCUAAGGGAGAUGUGAAUCCACACAAACUCAUGCAUGCAAAUGCCUUUCUACUUCUUAACUCUCUUUCUAAUGCUUAAUCUAUGAACACCAAUAAAUAAAAUAAGUGUGGAUUUAUGUGGUUAA